CCGCGGUGUCUCCGGUGAGGAAGUGGAGCAGAAUGAAAGUAAAUAAGUUCUCCCUCCGCUUGUGAAGUGUCGCCAGCGAGUCGAGCUCAGAGCGGAGCCGGACGAUGCAUCAUGGAGACGCGUCAGAGGACAAGGCCGAGGGCGAGCAGCACCGGCCGCUCAUGCUGGAAAGAGUGGAGGGUGGAACAUCUCCCGGCUGUUGGACUGCGGCGUCACGGCGGCUGAAGAAGCACUGCUCGUGCUCGCCACAGAAGGUCAAGGCCAAGAUCCUGGACUUCCUUCCCAUCCUAAAAUGGCUGCCACACUACCAGCUGAAAGACUGGAUCCUGGGCGACGUCAUGUCCGGACUCAUUGUGGGAGUCCUGUUGGUCCCCCAGUCCAUCGCCUACUCCUUGCUGGCUGGUCAGGACCCCAUCUAUGGGCUCUACACCUCCUUCUUCUCCUCCAUCAUCUACACGCUCCUCGGCACCUCCAGGCACAUCUCUGUGGGCAUUUUUGGGGUUCUGUGCCUGCUGGUGGGCCAGGUGGUGGACAGGGAGCUGGCGUUGGCAGGUUACCUUGCAGAGGACAUCAGCACCAACAACAGCGCCGCCCUCCUGGCGGCGCCUGGGAACGGCAGCGCCAUGUCGCAGUGUGACCGGAGCUGCUACGCCAUCGCCGUGGGGGCGACGGUCACGUUCACCGCGGGGAUUUACCAGGUGCUGAUGGCUGUUUUCCAGGUGGGCUUCAUCUCGGUCUACCUGUCCAACCCCCUCCUCAGCGGCUUCGCCACCGGAGCCUCCCUGACCAUCCUCACCUCCCAGGUCAAGUACCUCCUGGGCCUGAAGCUCCGCAGGCCCCAGGGCUGGUUCACGCUGAUCAAGACCUGGUUGGGUCUGCUGGCCAACGUGGGCCAGACCAACCUGUGUGACCUGCUGACCAGCCUGGUGUGUCUGCUGCUGCUGGUGCCCACCAAGGAGCUCAACUACCGCUUCAAGGCCAAGUUGAAGGCUCCAAUCCCCUUUGAGCUCUUUGUGGUCAUAAUCGCCACACUGGCGUCUCAUUUCGGCCGUUUCCACGUGGACUACGGCUCAGAGGUGGCCGGGGAGAUCCCCACGGGCUUCCUGCCGCCGCAGAUGCCGACGUGGUCCCUCAUCCCCAACGUGGCGGUGGACGCCUUCUCCAUGGCGCUGGUGGGCUUCGCCAUCACGGUGUCGCUGUCGGAGAUGUUCGCCAAGAAGCACGGCUACCAAGUGGACGCCAACCAGGAGUUGUACGCCAUCGGCUUCUGCAACGUCCUGCCGUCGUUCUUCAGCUGCUUCACCACCAGCGCCGCCCUGACCAAAACGCUGGUCAAGGAGUCGACGGGCUGCCAGACUCAGGUGUCCGGGCUGGUCAGCGCCGUGGUCCUGCUGCUGGUGCUGCUGGUCAUCGCGCCGCUCUUCUAUUCCCUCCAGAAGUGCGUGCUCGCCGUCAUCAUCGUGGUCAACCUCCGCGGCGCUCUGCGGAAGUUCGCCGAGGUGCCCGGCAUGUGGCGCGCCAACCGGGUGGACGCCUCCAUCUGGUUGAUCACCAUGGCGACCUCGGCGCUGGUCAACACGGAGCUGGGUCUCCUGGUGGGGGUACUGGUGUCCGCCUUCAGCGUGCUGGUGCGAACCCAGCGCGCGCAGGUGCUGGAGCUGGGCCGCGCCCCCGGCAGGGACCACUACGAGGUCCUGGCCUCGUACCAAGGCCUGCACACCCACCCGGGAGUGGCCGUGGUCAGAUACCCCGCCCCCGUUUACUACGCCAACCAGACUCUGUUCAGGAAGUCUUUGUACCGCCGCGUGGGGCUGGACCCCGUGGAGGAGAAGACUCGCCGCGUCAAGUUUGAGAAGAAGUCCAAAGACAAGGAAGGAGUCCAGGACGCUUUGCGCUCGGAAGACGGCGAGAGUGCCGCCAGUGUCACUUUGAGGCUGGACAAGAAAUCUCAGUGCGCUUUACGCGGAUUAGUGCUGGACUGCAGCGCCAUCUUGUUCCUCGACGGCGUCGGUGUCAACGCCCUGAAGGAAGUACGCCAGGAUUACGCCGAGCUCGGGGUCACGGUGGUCCUGGCUCAGUGCAACACCGCCGUCCUGGACGCUCUUCAGCGAGGGGGAUACAUCCCGGAGAGGGACGACGGGGUGGUUUUUUUCACCAUCGCAGACGCCGUCCAUCACGUGCAGCACGCGUCCACGCCAAAUGUGCAGCACGCCUCCACGCCAAAUGUGCAGCACGCGUCCACGCCAAAUGUGCAGCACGCGUCCACGCCAAAUGGCGACGCCGGACACUGAGGUCGACUGAUGAUGUGUUUACAAAUGCAGAAGCAGUUACUGAAAGUGGCAAAUUAUUCACCAACUUUAUUCUUUUACAAUCACAAAUAAGUCCUGGUUCAAAGUCAAGAAUACUUUUUUUUAAAUUCUACAUAUGCAGUAACUAUUUUUGCAAUACUUUUUAUACGCACCUUUUGUAUGGGAGAGUUUUCCAAAAAACUGGAACGAUGUCAUUUCCGUGGAAAAUUUGCAGAAAUGCUGAAGAGCCAAAGUGGAAUAUAAAUGCUAACAGUCAAGUAACAAACAUGAGAAAAAAGAGGCUAGCAUGCUAGUGUUAGCAUGCUAGCUUCUUUUGCCAUUGUGCCGGGCCCAAAUGUACAUUGGUAAACCUCACACUCUGACAACCUUAAGAGCAGCGCAAGUUACCGAGUUGCUAGCUCAGGCUUUUAGCUCGGUACCUAGCACGCUCCUCUUUCACGCCGGACGACCCAGGUUUAGUCCCGGGCGGAACAUAAAAGCAGGGUGCCGUGACCCGGACCAGAGUGAGGUUUUAGGGGGUGAGUUUAACGAAUGCCAAAUGUACGUUGGUAAACAUCACUCCCUUAAGAGCAGUGCAAGUUAUCGGGUUGCUAGCCCAGGCUUUUAGCUUAAUAGAUAGCACGCUCAUUUCUGAUGCCGGACGAACAGAAAAGCAGGGACUGAACCGGGCGGGUUACAACGGUGCCGUGACCCGGACCAGAGUGGGGUUUUAGGGGGUGAGUGUAACGAAUGCCAGCCAGUGAGCCCGGCCCAAAUGUACGUUGGUAAACCUCACUUCCUGACAACCUUAAGAGCAGCGCAAGUUACAGAGUUGCUAGCUCAGGCUUUUAACUUGGUACCUAGCACGCUCCUCUUUCACGCCGGACGACCCAGGUUUAGUCCCGGGCGGAAUAUAAAAACAGGGUGCCGUGACCCGGACCAGAGUGAGGUUUUAGGGGGUGAGUUUAACGAAUGCCAGCCAGUGAGCCCGGCCAAAAUGUACGUUGGUAAACAUCACUCCCUUAAGAGCAGUGCAAGUUACCAGGUUGCUAGCCCAGGCUUUUAGCUCGGUAGCUAGCACGCUCGUCUCCGAUGCCGGACGAACCAAGGUUUAGUCCUGAGCGGAAGAUAAAAACAAGGACUGAACCGGGCGGGUUACAACGGUGCCGUGACCCGGACCAGAGUGAGGUUUUAGGGGGUGAGUUUAACGGAUGCCAGCCAGUGUUCCAGGCCCAAAUGUACGUUGGUAAACCUCACACUCUGACAUCCUUAAGAGCAGUGCAAGUUACCGGGUUUCUAGCCCAGGCUUUUAGCUUAAUAGCUAGCGCGCUCAUUUCUGAUGCCGGACGAAGAUAAAAACAAGGACUGAACCGGGUGGGUUACAAAGGUCCUGUGACCCGGACCAGAGUGAGGUUUUAGGGGGUGAGUUUAACGGAUGCCAGCCAGUGUUCCAGGCCCAAAUGUACGUUGGUAAACCUCACACUCUGACAUCCUUAAGAGCAGUGCAAGUUACCGGGUUUCUAGCUCAGGCUUUUAGCUUAAUAGCUAGCGCGCUCAUUUCUGAUGCUGGACGAACAGAAAAGCAGGGACUGAACCGGGUGGGUUACAACGGUGCCGUGACCCGGACCAGAGUGAGGUUUUAGGGGGUGAGUGUAACGAAUGCCAGCCAGUGAGCCCAGCCCAAAUGUACGUUGGUAAACCUCACUUCCUGACAACCUUAAGAGCAGUGCUUGUUACCGGGUUGACACCCCAGGCUUUUUGCUUAGUAGCUAGCACGCUCUUUCACGCCGGACGACCCAGGUUUAGUCCCGGGCAGAGCAGAAAAGUAGGGACAGAACCAGGCGGGUUGCAUCUGUAGCAAACGGAAUGUUCCGUAGCAAAACAGCAAUAAUGAAUACAUGUAUAUAUUAGGUGGUUAGUGAAUCCACUACAUUUCUACAGUUACUCCACAGGCCGGCGGUAUUUCCCCGCUGCGACCUUUGUAGAACGCCAAACGUGUUACUGACGUGCUUAUGCCGAAAUGAGGGAUUAUAGUUUAUGAACCUUGCAUGCAGUAGUGGGAGUUGUGCGGGUGUCAUGUCAGUUUUAGUGUGUCCGCACCUCGUGAUACUUGGCAAACACGGGAGGGAGCGGAGCAAAGGUCCCGUCCAGGCAAAGCAUCCGCCUCUUUAUUGGUUUUGUUGGAUGUACAACCGCUGGAUGGGGAAUAUCCACGCAAGCGUCCAUGUCAAUCAUUAAUCAUGCAAAUGUCAUGAAGACGUUUGUUUCUGCAACCAAACUUGACGUGUGAAACUACCUCACUCAGUCAAACAUGCUGGGGGUUUUUUUAUGUGCUACGAGCCCAUUGUUGUUGUUUAAUCUGUCCGUCAAGAUGGUUGAUGUCAAAGGUUAAUUAGCACAUGCCCCUCGCCCCCUGUCACGUUUGUGUUCUAGUAGAGGUGGAGGAAAUCAUCCAUUUUUGCAUGCAUCGCAAUUCAGACACGGAGGAUUAUAAAAUGGCUUAGUAAAAGUCAAUAAUCGAUUAAAUAAAUGUAAAUAAAGCAAUGUAGACUGUUCUAAAAUUUGGCUGACUGCACCUCACCAAGAGAUCCCAGCAGCUCCUUUAUUUUAGGGCACUCAUGUUACAGUUUUUGAACACAUUUUCAUUAAUUUAAUUAAUGCAAGAACUAAUUUAACUCUUAUUACAAAUGCACUGUUUGUUUAAAGUUGCAAGUGAUAAAUACUUACUUAGUGAAACCAAAAGAAAUGUAAAACUGCAUCAACACA